UUAAUGUUAAAGAUUUUAUAAAAUUAAGAAGUUUGAUUCUCUAUAUUCAAAAGCCAUCACAUUAUUAUUUAUGUCUUAAAUUUUUUUCCUUAGAAAACUCAUAAUCACUGUUGGUUUAGAUUUUAGAAUACACUUUGUCCUAAUAGAUUUGGGAAAAGAAUUUAUUGUCCGAGGUAACGUUUUCCUUAUAAGUUUGGGAUUACUUUGAGAUGUAUUUAUAGGAGAACUCUAAAUCUUUCUGAACCAAAAAUCGGAAAGUUAUAAAUCCCUCAUAUCGUUGUUGGGAAUAGUGAUCGAUCAGAGUAGGUAGUGUAAAUGGCGGCGGGAUGGUCGGAGCUUCCAAAGGAUCUGUUGUGGUCCAUAGCUACUUGUCUUGUUACAUAUACUGAUCAAGUUCGGUUCACAUGUGUUUGUACUUCAUGGAGAUCCGUCUUGCCAACUAUUGAGGUUCGCUCGCAUGCGUGGUUGCUACUACCUCGUAAUAAUGACACAAAUAAAGAAUAUGAAAAGUUUUAUAGUUUACACGAAAGAAAGGUUCACUACCUUGAGGUUCCAGAUGAGGUCCUCAGUAAAAAGUUUCGAGGAUCUUCUCACAGUUGGUUAGUUUCUAUUGAAGAUUCUCCUAAAAUCUCUCUCUUUAACCCAAUUACUAGGGUUCAAAUCGCCCUUCCACCGAGGUAUAAGUUCCCUGAUGUGAGAAAGUAUUGUGCAAAGAAGUUUGACACUGAAUAUGCACUUGAACCCUAUGAUGGACAAAAAAACACUUACUUUGAAGCUGCAUCUCAUGUUCACAAUAGUUUUCUAGACAAACUUGUCCUAUCUUCAAGUCCUACCUCAAGCAAAGCUCCUAAUUGUAUGGUUGCUGCAAUUUAUGGUAGUCAUUGUAACUUGGCCUACUGUAAAGUUGGAGAUAAAAGGUGGACAUGCAUUGCCAAAGGUAUGAUGGGAUAUGAUGAUGCCAUCUUUCAUGACCAAAAGUUAUAUGCUGUGACAUUUACAAGUUACGUGGAGGUGUUCGAUUUGUCUGCUUCUCCAAAACUAGUUGAUACUAUAGAACCACCACAAGAAGAAGGGUAUCCGCAAAGACGCUACUUGGUUAAGACUUCAAUUGGACUGCUCCAGGUUCAAAGGCAUACGAAAAACACAGGAGACCGCAAAACUUAUCUUUAUCGAACAACUUUCUUCAACUUAUAUAUGUAUGAACCUAGCAGUCGAAGUUGGUGUAAGGUGGAAAACAUCGGUGAAAACGUGUUGUUUUUGGGACUAAAUACAUCAAUUUCAAUAGCAUCUUCUGAUCUUCAUGGAUAUAAGGGGAAUCAUAUUUAUUUCACACAUAAUUUUCUCGAUUUCCACGAGUUUGGUGUUAAAGGAGGUUAUGACAUUGGUGUCUACGACUUGGAUAGUAGAAGUGUACAGUCCUUGCCAUGCCAUGAUAUUGAAAAACGUUGGUUGUGGCCAACGCCAAUCUGGUACAUACACAACCCUGAAGAUUUCAUUGAGCAGGACAAGGAUGCAACGACAAAGCUCAAUUAGGUUCAUACGUACAGUCUAGUUUUUCUUUGUGUAUGUUUUGUUAUUGUUUUUCGUUUCCUUUAUGUAUGGAUAAAAAAUUGUUACAGAAAUCACAUUCUAAAUAAUCAAUUCUUUAAUUUCUCUA